AUCAUCUUCAGAACAUUACUCCAGAACAUUACUCCAGAACAUCAUCUUCAGCAGGACAUUACCCCAAAAACGUCAUCUUCAGUCUCCAGACCACAUUCCCAAGAUGUUCUCGAAGCAUUUGUUCUUCGCCGCUAUGGCCUUUACUUCUCUGGUCUCCGAAGUUGUAGCCUCUGACUAUCAAGGCGGUGCUUGGUUCUGCCGGCCUGCCCCGAGCAUCCGCGAGUUGCGUCGUUCCUACGGCAGUGUGGUGGCGCAAUGUCCGACCUUAAACGCACAGGACCCAGACGAUCAACGAACGUACUGCGCAGAUGCGUGUGCCGAGUUUUGCAGAGAAUGCCCAACAUCAAAUGCAAAAGCGUCGGCUGUUGGAUGUUUCAUUACCACGGUUGAGGGAGGUACGAAACUUACCAGGUGUUUCUGCGGAGGUGCCUACGGCUCGAAGAACCCUCCCGGAUGUCAAUAGAGGCUUCUCCAGGGCGAACCAUGCUGCGCGAAUGGAAAGGGUUUUGAAGUUUCUGCGUUGCUCUGUUGGAGGAAUGAGAGGGUAAUGCGGGACCGACCUCAACGUCGGCUUUUGAUCUCUUAAUGUGUAUUGCUGUUGGAGCAGGGCAAAUGAAUGUGCGUGAGCGACCUUAACGUCGAUGAUUGAAUUUCAUAUUGAUUACUUGCGAGCAACGGGAUGGGCGAAGACGUGGAACGAUCUCGGUCUGUUGCAUCAAUUCUGUUCUCGUCUCCCG